CGAGAAGAACUGCGGAUAUUAGUAUCUUUUCUUGUGAAUAUACACGAUCUUAAGUUUUUAUACACAGCCGCACGUCAUCACUUUAUACAUAGACCACAUUCAUCAAGCUUACCGCCCCGUUCCCGCCCGACCCGAUCCGACCAAACUCAAAAUCAUGGCGAACUCUGCUGCAGCAUUGCUCUUCACCUUCGCCGUCGCCGCCUGCUACCUCUGCACCUUCGCCGCUUCCUCCACGGCUCCCACUUUAACGGCGGCGCACUCGGAGUUAUCCAGUUACGGGUUCCCGGUCGGGUUGCUCCCUCGGAACAUCGUGACCUACAAUCUCAACCGCACCUCGGGAAACUUCGUUGUGAAGCUGGGGGACACUUGUCGCAUCACUAUUCCUCCCGACAAUUACUUGGCCACCUAUUCGAAAACCAUUACUGGUAAAAUCGUGGACAAUCGUAUUGCUGAGCUUGAUGGGAUUGGGGUUAGGGCUUUUUUCAGAUGGUGGGGCAUCACUGGGAUCCGAUCCAAUGGACAGGAUUUGACCUUUGAGGUUGGCAUGAUCACCAAAAGCUUCCCGUCUAAGAAUUUUGACGAAAGCCCAGAAUGUGAUGGCCAACGCUCUUCUUCGUGAGUUACCAAUUUGUCUUCCGUGGAGAAUGCUUCCACCCACUGAAUGAAAUAAUUCCUGCGGACCUGAGACAGGAUAUGGUCUAUCAAUUUGAUCAUUAGCUACCAUAAAAGGCGUUCACCUGUAAGCUGCGGUUAGGUGCUAGAUUAAGCAGUUUGUUCUGUUUGUAAUAUGUAUAUAUAUGUUCCAAGGUGUACCUAUCUUAUACUCCCCGUUUUCCAAUAACUCUGGAAAAAAUUGCUUAUGAUCUAUUUUAUUCCCAUUAUUAUUGUCUAGUUGUUGAGAAUUUCUUUUUUGCCUUCUCUUUUCUUUUCUGUUAUAAGUAUUUUGUGAAUUUCACUUGAUUAGUUUUAGACUAAAAACUAGUUGAGGUUUGAAUGAUCUGUUUACUUUUUCAAAUAGUCUCAUGUUGAACCAACUCAUCUUAGGUGGUUGUAUGUACUGUGUGAUCAUCUUCACAGUCUAGCUGGUUGAGGUUCUAC